UCUGAACAUAAUAACUGUGUUUUUGAGUCUCUGUUUUAUUAGAUUAAGACCAAGUCUCCGGGCGUGAAGGAGUCCCACAGGCCUCUGCUGCCUCUGCUACGCUGCCUUCACAAGACCAGGACACAAAGCAGCUCUUCACCACUUCCUGUUCCACUUAAAGACGAGAGAGGAAGGCAGAAGUUAGCUUCAGUUGUCUCACCUCGUCGCUGGUGACUGAAAGUUUGAAGAAUAAAGACGUCUUCUGGGAAACCAGUUUGGAAUGGAGCUCCAGACCUGGAUAUCUGGCCUGCUGGUCCUCGCCUCUCUGUUCCCCCCGGCAGAGGCGUUGGCGUUGUACGAACCUCAGCUCUGUUACAUCCUGGACGGCUUCCUCGGCCUGUACGGGCUCAUCAUCACCGGCAUGUUCAUCAGGGAGCGGUUCUUCAAAACCAGAGAGAAGGGAACGGAGGAGAGUAUCUACUCUGAUCUGCAGGGUCAGGACACCGGUGGGUACGCCCCUCUGAUGAGAGACGCUGAGAGAGGACGAAACCGCAGGACGCCUGAGGAACCUACCUACACGGGCUUGACCAAACGUACGGAUGGAGAAUAUAAGGAGCUUCCUGUUAAAAGAGAGCGUCAGAGAAAGAACGAGCAGGUUUAUCAGGGUCUGAGCUCGGCCACCAGAGACACCUACGACUCUCUCCAGAUGCAGCAGCUUCCUGCUCGCUAACUCCAUCUAAAUGUGGUGAUCACGAAUCUUUUCGCCUCCGUCGCCUCACUUCCUGUCAGCCUCGACACACAAACGUCUGUUUCUGGACAAAAUAUUUAGCGUCACAACAGCAUCACAACAACAGUUUGACUUUAAUGAAUUUAGGUUCAUUUUUUACAACAGCUCAUCAUGUGGAAGGUCUGACUGUUGUUCUGUUGAUUUGAAUUCGAUGUUUGAGCCUUUAAUAUCUCACCACAGCCCUGUUUCAAAGUUUUACUAUUUUGACUUGACUUCUGGGCUCUGAGGUGGUGAGGCCUGUGCUGGACUGCCUUCAUGUGAACAGAAAAAUUUCCUUCCCACGUUGUUUCAUUUGAGGGAUUUCCUGAGCCCUGAGGAGGUAAAAGUUUCCAGUGAUCCACACAAAAAUGAGAGAAACGUCUGAAACAGUUUUACUGUUGUCUGAGAAUCACCAGUAACAGGAGAUGUUUACGUCUGUUUUUGAAAUUCUGUCUUAAAAUGCUUAAAAAAACGCAGCUGGUUUAAAGUGAGGGAAAAGCAGAGUUUGGUUGAUACCUGAGGGAUUAACGUUCAUUGUUCUGUACAAAUGUAAAAUAAAAGGACACCGAGGAAACGCAGAUACAGCAUCGUGUAAAGACGGCAGUGUUUGAUGCAUCACUGGUUUAUAAAUCUGUUUUUUACAUUUAUCUUAAGCUCCUUGUUCAGUUCAGACAUUGGGUGCGAGGCAGAGUACACCUGGACAGGUCAGCAGUCUGUCACAGAGCUGACACACAGAGACCAAACCACUCACAUUCACAGGUAACUGAGAGUCUCCAGUUCACCUGCAGGUCUUUGGACUGUGGGAGGAAGCUGGAGUUGGGAUAAAGUUGAUGAAACAAAAUGAAUUGAGUUACAAUGAACUGUUAUACUGAGCUUUGAGUUUUAAACAUUUCAUUUUAUCUGCAUUUAUUCAUAUGAUUUUUCCGUAGUGUACAACGUAUUUAUGUAAUAAUGAACCUUUGGGCCUCCUGACAUUAGACAGUUAAAAAAAAAACCUGGCAUAUUGCAUCUUUAAGUUUUCUUUUCCUCGUUCUUUAAAAGUUCUGUUUUCUCUUUUCCCUUUUU